CGCUUGUGCCGACGUCAACAACCUGCCCUGGCUUGAGUUCAGGCACAGCCUUUCUUUUUUCUAUUUCCCUUUAUGCGCCGCUAAAGACUUGCAUCUUAUCUUGUGUCUCUGAUUCUUUGUUUCUCCAAGCAAGCCAUCUUUUGUCUUGCCUUUUGUCUGACACUGAAAAAGCCCUGAGUUGCGCAGCCCCUCCACCACAGCCAACUUGGCCACGGUCAAUUCGCCCUUUUCUGCGACAACAUUCCGGUCGAUCUGUCUAGCGAACCGUUUCGAAUACAUUCAGUCGUCGGACCUGCCAGUCGAUCUUCUGGUCGAACCCUUUACUCCUUCACCAUAUCCUCAAAACUCUUCUCGUCCUGGUAAAUACUCUAGUCGUCUGGACUUUAAGGCGCAAACAUGGCGUCGGUUACGUCGCUCGAUAAGGACUUGCGCAAAAUGCGCCUGGACAAAUACACUCCGGCUGCCGCACAUGAGGCGAAGUCCUGGAUAGAAGAAACGCUCGGAGAGAAGCUCUCGGGGGAUCUUCUCGAUGCGCUCAAGGACGGUGUCGCGCUCUGCAGACUCGUUAAUCUUGUUGUUCCUUCGCCGGGGAUCAAAUUCAAACAAUCUGCCAUGCCGUUUGUCCAGAUGGAAAACAUCUCGCACUUUCUCCGCGCAUGCCAGUCCCCACCGCUGAACCUUCUACAACACGAUGUCUUCCUCACUGUCGACCUUUACGAACAAAAAGACCCCGCCCAAGUAUUGCAGUGCCUCGGAGCUUUCAGCAGAGCAGCCAACGGUGUCAACCCAACUCGGGUGUCCAGCGUCAUUGGGCCCAAAGCUUCUGGAGCCGGAACUCCCCUCCGUGGCCGAGGAGGCUCUGUUACAAGUAACGCCUCUUCCGCUUACAACAACAAUAAGGCGAUGCCUCCUCAAGCAACUGGUGACUCUGCCUCGGGACGCUGGUCGCCUUCCAAGGGCCAUGCCAGAGGCCCAUCUGUUGAUACAUCAUCCUCCCCAGGCCACGUUAGCAGCUGGAGCAAGAGGGAGCAAGAAAAUGCGACUGCGCCGGCCUGGAACAUUGCCCAGUACGGUUAUAUGGGCGGUGCCAGCCAAGGUAACCUUGGUAUUCAGUUUGGUGGCCGUAGGCAGAUUAUUGGAGACUCGCCCAAGGUACCCAGCUUAGCUGAAAAGGAACGCCUACGAAAGGAACAAGCAGCCGAAGCCGAGGAAGAGGAACGCCAAAGAAGAGCUGCUGCGCAAGCAGAGGAGGAACGAGCCCGCCAAAAGGAGGAAGAACAGUGGGAGGCCGAAACGGAACGAUUACGAAUCGAAGAACAACGACGAGUGGAAGCCGAACGAAAGCAAUGGGAGGAAGAAGAGCGACAGUGGAAGCUGACAGAGGAGAAGCGCCGAAAAGAGGAGGACGAAGCACAGGCUAAAAUGGAAGAAGAUAGACGCCGAGCUCGCAGCCGUAGCCCGGUUAAGCUGCGCGGCCAAUAUCUGAGCCAGUACCAAGCCGAGCGAGGCAUUGGCGGGGAUGCUGCCGAAGAUGACGAGGCUUCUAAGCAUAUCAGAGAACUCGAGAAGCAGCUUGAGAUGGCACGCCAGCGAGAGGCUGAAUACGAGCGCGAACGACAAAGCCGAGGCGGCUCAGUAACUGUGACCUCGGCGCCAGCUACGGCUCCUGCUCCCGCUGCCGUUGCCUCCCCCGUAUCAAAUGCUGGCGCUCGUGCUAGAUCAAGAAGCCGACCCCGACUUGCAGUAGCCAGUCCACCGCUGCGACAAGAAUCAUGGAGCAAGGGCGAUAAGGAGGUGUUGCAGACUCGCGACAGCCAAACUAAGCUCACCGAUGUGCUGCCCGAGCCAACUCCAGAGCCCGUCAAACCAUCCCAAACGACAUCUCCCCGACCCCUUCCCGAGCCUACAUUCACGUCUCCCGUCGUUUCUCACAACACCGGAGGUUCUUCAAGACCGCUGCCCGAUCCAGCAACCUACACAUCUCCUCCUACACCUAAGAACCGAACCGAUCGCUUUCUCUCACAGAACCCCGCACCUGUGCAGCAGUCCCCGACACCUACUUACUCACGCGAGCUAGGACAUACCGCCGAGCGAGACCAAGAAGACCGCCGUCGCGUGCAAAGUCAGACAAACACCAAAGCUGGAGGAUGGGCCUCCAAGUCUCUUUUGGAGCGUGAAAUGGAAAUGGAGCGUGAGCGCCAGCGAGAAUGGGAAGAGGCCCAGCGUGAAACUGCUAAGGCCACUCCUGCUCCAGACGGCGUCGAUGGCAUUGGCGGUGGUGUUGGUGGCCGCUGGGAUGUUGGUCAGUGGUCAGGUUAUACCGGCGGCGACAACCAGAAUAAGGGUGUUCAAGGCAUCGGCGCUGGCCGUAGACAAAUCGUUGGGCCUAGACCACUGCCUGGAUCCAACAGGUGAUGUGAUUGAGUGGAUAAAAGAGGAAUGUAAAAAGGUAGUUGUAAUAGAGAGAAGAAUGUAAUACAUCUCACAAAAACGUCUUGCUACUAUAUCUA